CGCUCACUCUGGCUUUACCUUAUCCUGGCCCUGGUCCCCAGAUGCCCACAUCAUACCUCUGGUUUCUGGACAAGAAGUAAUCUUUGCCACUCCAUCUUUUGGCAACUUUGUUCUCUGUCAUCGCUUGUGCCUCCUGGCCUCCACUGCUUGUAUGAAAAAGUCAAUAAGAUGAAAAGUCUGUUGCGGCCACCCUCGAGGGGGAAACACAGGGCGUACCCUAGAUUGGGGUCAUACUUGCCCAGGGCAGGGAGGCAGGGACUGGGCUAGACCCUGGGGGUAUAAAAGAGGAAGGAGCACUCAGGCCUUCACUUUUCUGCAACUGCAGAACUCGGAGUGGCUUUUCCUCCGCGGCCAGUCGGGAAUCGGCAUGAUGAAGUGGUUGGUGGUGGCCUUGGUCUGUCUCCGGCUCUCGGAGGCGGCUCUGCUCAGAGUCCCCGUGAAGAAAUUUAAGUCCAUCCGAGAGAAGAUGAGGGAGAAUGGUGCAGAGGAGGACCAGAGGACCCAGAAGUAUGACCCCGCUCUGAAGUAUCGCUUCACCAAUGCUGUCGUCGAGGUGGGCUACGAGCCCAUAUACUACAGGGAUGCUUCCUUCUUUGGCGACCUCAGCUUUGGAACUCCACCCCAGAAAUUCAAGAUCCUUUUUGACACCGGCUCCUCUGACGUGUGGGUCCCCUCUGCCCUCUGCUACACCAUAACCUGCUCCAAACACACUCGCUUUGAUCCAAGCCAGUCUUCCACUUUCACCACCAAGUGGAAGUCCUUCUCCGUGAAGUACGGCAGCGGCACCGUCAAUGGCUUCUUUGGCUAUGACACUAUCUCUUUCCCGGCCUUCCAGAUCCCCAAGCAACAGUUUGGCCUGACCACGUAUAUGCUCGGUUCAACGUUUGUCUACUCAGAGUUUGAUGGCAUCUUGGGCCUGGGCUACCCUGACCUGGCCAGGGAUGGGGUCACCACAGUUUUGGAGGGAAUGGUGAAUAACGGCAUUUUCUCUGAGCUCAUCUUCAGCUUCUACAUCUACAAGCGGAGGGUCACUGAGCUCGGGGGAGUGAUCAUCUUUGGGGGUGUGGACCACAGCGUGUACGUAGGGGAGAUCCACUGGGUCCCCGUGACCGAGAAGGGCUACUGGAUGAUCGACAUGGAGGGGUUUCUCAUUGGCAACCAUGCCACCAGCUUCUGCUCCCUGGGCUGCAAGGUCAUCGUGGACACAGGCACCACUCUGCUCACCGUGCCCGAUGAGUACCUGAGUGAAAUUGUGCGGGCCACAGGGGCCACAGACAAUGGCAACGGAGAGUAUCUCGUAGACUGUGACAAGGUCAACAACCUGCCCAACUUCACCUUCGUCAUCAAUGGUGCACAGCUCUCUCUGCCACCCUCCACCUACAUCCUCAGUGUAAGUCCUGGUCCCUGCAGGCUGAGCCACCAUGACUGGGGGUGGGAGGAAGGGGUGGGGAGUCAGAAAUGCCUCCUUACUUUGUGCUGUUUCCCGACUCUUUGCAACACUGAUUUAUUUUUAUCUAUUCAUUGAUUCUAAACCUCCUUCCUUGGAACAAGGCUAUGAAAUAGGAAAGUGUCAUCUAUUAUCAAUUAAUAUUAAUUAAUGGGGAGAGGCACUGGGCUUUUUGUUGAGCACUACUGGGGCCAGCCACUGUGUGAGGCCCUUUGCCUGCACUAUCCCACAUUAUUGUCACAUUUGAUUAGGAAGAAACUCAUUUCUGUUUUACAAAUGAAAACUUGGAGGUUCAGGGAGGUUAAGUAACUGACCCAAGGGUACAGAGCUAGUCAGGGUGAAGCUAAGGUUUGAAUCCAAGUUCCUCACCUGUUGAUCUAGUUUGGACUAGAAGUUUCUGAGGAAUGUUGGAUGUCUAUGCGUACAUGUAAAAGUCAUGGGAAUCCUUUAGGGGCAGGGUAAUACUUCUGAAACUAUUUCUGGAAGGCUUCAGAAGGCUGGGGCUAAGUUAGGCUGAUUGUAUUGUUACCCAGACCCUUAUGUCCCAGGACCUGUAUUUGAAGGAGGGCAGGCCCUCACCUGUGGAAAAGAGGGUUAGCUACUUGAGUCACAUGGAAAUCAAGCCCAAUUGCUCUAACAAACUCAGCAAGAGGUCUUGUCCCUCUAGACAUCCCUAUCUUUCUUAGGAUCUUCCUAGUGAUAUAUCCAGAAACCUGGGGCAACAUGGCUUGUGGGGGAGGAGAAAGCAGAGAACAAUGGCUCAGGACCCUGUUAACUUUCAACAGGGGAAGGUGACAUGAAAGGAGAUCAUGUCCAGCAACAUGGUGAUGGUGUAUGCCCAGCAAGCUCGGGCUCAUAAGGGGAUGUAAGUGGAAAACUCAUAGCAGGGAGGGGCAGGCUCCAUUCUAGUCA